GUCCUGGGUGACACGGCGUCAUCUCCCACACGCUUGGGGGCACCUGUGAGGGGCCAGCACAGGCUCUGCGACAGCCUCGGCCAUUUGUGAGUGACCUGGUGCCGGGCCGGGGACCGCGGCACCGCAGCCCCCACGGGCCACCAGCACCCCGCAGCCCCGAGCGGCCGCCACCGCCGCUGCCCCCGAGCCGGUACCGGCCCUCAGGGGCCGCCCCGCCCGCGCCGCCAUCUUCAACGGCCCCGCCGUCCUCACACAGGACCAGUUGUUGGAAUCGGGACUACAUAAACACCAAAUAUUAUUGAAAUAUACAUGAGAAGCUGUCACAGGAUGGAGAUACUUUUGCAGAGUCCUGAGUGGCUUGGGUGAAUGGAAGGAAUAAGGGGCCCUUUGGAUACUGCUACUUUAUUGUUAAUGUAAGAAGCAUGGUGAAACCAGUGAUCAAAGUCACUGCACAAACCAAGACAUCACAAGCAUAGCUUGCAAGUGUCUUUACUGAUUGAGAAGCUAAAAUUGUUUUCUGCUUAUGAAAGCUGGAAAAAUGUUCAGGAACCACUAUCAGGGGGGCCAGUUUGUUGAAAUAUUCAGUGCUCAAGGCAAGAACCCAGGAGCAAAGUGGAAGAUUCUUGGCAACCCAUCAGCUAUAUCAAAAGAAUACGACAAAGAACUAAAAGGCUUUGUUUUUGUACUUGAAGGAAACAGUCUAACCAACAAAAUGAAGCUACCAAGGGAAACCAAACAAACUUUGGGACUGGUGCAGCAAUAUCUGACACUUCAGAUUUUUGUGCCAUUGGGAAAAGACUUCUCCACUGAGUUACUGAUAACUGAUUUUGACAAUAUUAAAAGAAGAUUGUAUUUGUCAACGGUCCACAAGGAGUUGUCUGUAACCCCUCUGCAUGCCAAAAUUCCUCUGUUUAUGAUCAAGCGCAAAAUAUGGUGCAAUAUGUGUAUUGACUUGGUAACGUUUACCUAUGAAAUAUUCAGAGGAGCUCUCUUCCAGUCCUUGGAUGGAAUUACUAUUUCAGCCAACUGUAAGCUAAGAAAGGUCUUCACUUUAAAAUUCAAGCCUCAAGUUACAGCUGAGGAAGAUGGUACAUCCAUUGUUACACCUGGGCCAUAUGAGGCCUCAGAUGAAAUUCCUCCAACCUGCCAGCUCAAUUCUGAUGUCCCACAAGUUACACAAGUGCUGGAUCUAAAUGCAAUUCACAAGCCAAAAAUAAAAUGUAGGGAAAAGACAGUGCAAGAAAAAGGUAUCUUGGGUAAUAGAGGCCAAGGCAAUGGUAAAACUCAGGAUGUAUCACAUAUUGCAUUUGGGUCAAAGAUCCUUGGGCCACCUCCAUCUUCAAACAGAAGAACCAAUUCAAAGGUACUUGGAAAGGUAACAAAGACCUUGGGUAGCAAAACAUCAUGCCAACUUCAAAAUUCAGGAAUGCCAACUGAAACCAUGCCAGAAAAUGAGAGGUUGGAGCUACCACUCUGGCCAUGCAAUGAUACUUUAGAUCAAGGAGGCAAAAGAAGUACUCUCCAAACAACUGCAAAUGAAUAUCAGAAUGACCCUGAAAUUCAGGCUCAGAAAACAUCUGUAAGUGGAGAAGCAGAUUUUCAGCUCACCUCACCACAAGUACCAUCACCAGACAAGGACAGUCAUAUAAGAUUAUCUCUAAGAAAUGCAACCAAACCCACAUGGGAGAUAACCAAUGAUACAUGGGAGUUUCCAGAGAGGUUCACUGAGAGCAUUCAGUUGGACAGGAAGGAGCACUUUGAAGCUACUGGAAGUUCAGCCUGCUGUAAUUUACCCUCAGCCCAGAAUGCCUCUGUUGAACCUCCCAACAGGGAAACAGCUGGUCAUCAAAGGAGUAAGAAAGAGGUUUUCACAUUUUCCUCAAAACCUCGAUCAGCUCCUUAUGGAAGGUCUCCCAGUAUAUCCCCAGAAAGUUCCAUUUCCCCACUGGAGCUGGAGCUCGACAGUAACGGAGAGCAGGAGCAAACCAAAACUGAAGAUAGCUUUGAAGGAACUGACAGCAGUGAGGAGAAUGACAGCAGUGAACUCAUCCAAAGUGCUGAGAACAUUGAGAACAGCCACAGUAGACAAGGAACAUCUGAUUCAGCAGUUUUUAAAGAGAUCCCAUUAAAUAAGAUGUCACAGGGAAAUGAAUACUGGAAUAAGGAACACAGCAAAUACAACUUCGAAGAGGCCGUCUUAUCAAAACCACAGACUUCCACCAUGAGAAAAACAGAAUCUAUUAGCUUUCAGAGAAAUUUAAAGCCUAUCCUUUCUCUUUCUCCAAUUCAAAGUAAAUCCAAGUCCUUUAGAGUAAUUAGAAAUGUAUCUGAAGAAACUGAAAGAUAUGAGGGAGUUUCAGAUCAAUUCGAAAGAUCUGUCAGUAAAACAUCUCUCAAGAAAGUUUCAAAUGGAAGUUCAUGUCUGACAGCACAGACUUGUGAGUAUGACAGGAAAAAGUACCAGUCAAAUAGACUGAGUUCAUCUGAACUACAGAUGCUGGCCAGCAUGAAGAGACAACAAAAUGAAGAAUUAUGGGAUGCUGGGAUCUCGCAUGGGCUGAGUGCCACACAGAUCAAUUGCUGCAAUGUCAGCCUAAGUAUAAGCAGUGAUGAUGAUGAUACAGCAACCUGGAACUCUUGUUUCUCACCACCUGUCAGUCAGCAGCAUCACUAUCAGAAAGAAAUGAGCCCACUUGCCCAUUCCAGCCCACGGGAUUUGUUAAAUGUGUUCAGUCCCACUUUUAUUCCUGGAAGCCAACAGUUAGAAGAGAACUCUAAAUCUUCAACAAAACAGAGACCUCCAGAUACUCAAAAACCCCUGCUGUACUGAAAGGAUCAUUCCUGCAAGAAAUAAGAGAGAACAACAAAGCCAUUCCAUGACCUUCCCUCCCCAAACAGGACAGUUUGGACUUUUUUCUGAGCUACUGGACACCCCUCUCUAUGAAAGCAGCAGAGAAGCUGCAGAGCUGUGUGAUAAAGGCCUGUCAGAUUAGAUCAUCCCCAUCAAACAUCAGAACCUGGGUAUUUUCCUAGAUACCUUGGUUUGAAAAAAAAUCCAGUGGACCAUGGUAACUAGAUGGUUUGGAGUAUCAUUUUUGAAAGAGGUGCUAAAUAAAUUGUGUCCUGUGAUAUAUCUUGAGGACUUUGGGAAAAACUUUUUUUCCUUUAUUCAUUUCACUUGAGGUCAGUAAUUUGUGUGGCAAAAGAGCUGGUUCAUUACUGACAGGAAUAUACCAGAUCUGAACAACAAACUGAAUGCUCAAAUCCAUUCCAGAAAAUUCUGCCCUGCUUAGCCUCACUUUUUUUUUAUUAUUUAGUAUCACAUUAGAUAAUUACUUAAUUCUCAUGUUGGGAAGUGUCCCAAGAUUAUUUACUCUGUAAAUAAUAAACACUACUUUGUGCAGUUUUUCCAGUGUUCCAAGUAUCACAGGAAAACAAAAGCAUACAAUCAGCCCUGAAAAUCUGCAAUGAGUCAUAAUGUAUUCCAGAUAGGAAUUUAUCUAAAAGUAUCCUUAAAGAAAAAAAUAGUAUAGCAUUAAUAAAUGAGUAAAGAUUGUUCAGUUCUUAUAUUUUAAUAAAAUCUUUAAGUUGAGGCUUAACUUUGGGGGGAAAAGUGAUUCCUUUCUAAGAAAGGAUUUCACUCUGUAGUUCCUUUCUUAACAUUUGCACUUUCCAUUAGUUAAAUGGUGAGAUGCAAUGAGAAGUAGUCUUUUAUUCAACAGGUUUCCCAAUACAAUAGGAGGAAAAACUAGACUAAUAAAUAUGAUAAAUUUCCAUAGACUUUCCAUUAUUUGGCACUGAUGUUCUUGAGGUAUAUUCAGUUUUGUUUAUCUUGACAUAGCAAGAAAAUCUCCACAUUAAGUGACAGUGACAAAGCUAUAAAUGUUCUGGAACUUGCUUUAUGGUAUCUUGGCUUUAAGACCAAGGGAUAAGGUUAUAAAAACUCUAGGAACCACACAGUCUUCUUUUUUGGGCCACAGCUGCUGGCAGUAUUCAUAUGGUAACCCUGCAGUACAUAAUUACAGGAUCGAUUUGAGCACUGUAGUUCAAGGAUCACCUUGGAGAAAAUAUCAGCAGUGUUCUCUCCACCAGACCAUCUGCUGACAGCUGAUCCAGUGCAUUUGACUUGCAUCAGAGUCAGAAUAUGAUCCAUGUACCUUAAAGUGAGAUUUGCUAAAAGGUAUUUUCUAAUAUUAAAACCUAGAAUAAAAUAAAAAUAUAUUUCUGUGAAAAGGGAAAAGAUUUAUUUUAGUUCUCCAGAUUGUGGUGACUGUGUAAACACUGCUGUCAUAAUCCAAAUAACAGCACAGUUAUUUGUACAUUCCUUUCUGAGUUCAGAAAAAGCUGCCACAUGACUGCCUGUUCUUAGUUGUCUUGGUUUAGACAUCUUGAUCAAGUCUUUUUCCAGAAAAACAAUGGUCCCCCUGAUUUCAGUGGGACAGCAUUUCAUUCCAUAUAACAGGUAUUUACAGGUACUAGCUACCUUCAGUCUUCUUUCAGCUCAACACAAAACCACUCAUCCCUCUGUAAGGUAUAUCACAGACCUCAGUUCUCAUUUAAAAUCAAAUUAUUUCCUCACCUAAAAUACCAUUUAAUUUUUUAGUGAUUUAAGAACAAAAGCUUUGAUUCUGCUUUCACCAUGAGAUGCAAAUUAAACUGCAGAAAGGUUUUUUCAUGCAAUUCUGAGCAGCUUCAACCCCAAAAGUGUGAGUGGUGGCAAGAUGAACAACAAUGGAAAUUUUCUUUGAAAGUGACCUCUUGAGCAGUUAAUUUGGCCACAAGCACUUUUUUCCUAAAUAUGGUCAGGUUGCCCAGAAUGGACCACUAGAAACAAGACACCUUCUAGCACAACCACUACAUACUACUGGAGUCUUUUAGAAGCAUAUCACUUCAUUUAAGUAGUACUUCUGUUCAGGAAGAAGAACUGCAGUGAGGUUUUCAUAUGUCUGCUCAGAACUGAAUACCCCAUCCUGCCACUGGAAAUUUGUUGCAACACUUAGAAAUGCUUUAUAAUGCAUUUGGGGAUCUUGUGAGCUGCUAAAAGAAAGAAACCUGACUUUAAAAACAAGAUAUGUCUAGAAAACUUAGUUCUCCUUUUGGUCACAUGAAAAUACAUGCAGGGAAUUAUUGAUAUAAAGGUAUAAAUCCAGCUAGUCCUGGAUGCAAUAUAAUUUUGAUUUGGUAUGAAUUCAAGGCACAUGGAGAAAGAGGUAUACCUCUGAUGGGGCUGAAGAAUUUCUUAUUCCUAACUCAAACCAGGGAGUAUAUUGAGUGGCCAGUUCCAAGGAAAAGAGGGACAGACAUUUAAGCUUAGGGGAGAAAAGAGAAUAAUUUUAAAGUGAAGCACAGGCACUGGAAAGCAAAAUAAUAAAAGAAGAAUGCAGUGGAAAUAACAGCAUGGUUUCAGGUGAAAUUGUGAGACUGUGUGAGGGAGUGAGGCAUGAACACCAUUUGCUUGUGUACUGUGAUCUGAAAUAGAGAAAAAGACAUUCAAUUCUUCCCCUUCUUUCUGCACUGCAUCACUUCUCCCAAGAGCUGUGCAAAGAAAAUAUCCCAGUUGACCUAAUUUCAUUUCCCAGGCCUGAUGAAGCACCCCCAGCAGGGAGGGAAACAAUUUGGCUUUACUUUCUUCUCUUUGGUUAGGGUGAAGGAUAGUUUCUUCCUGAUGGUAUUUGUUAGAUGCUACUGAGGAAACAAAACUGAAAUCUCUUCUGAAGGGAUGAAGUGCACACUUCUGUAUGCAUCAAAUGCACCAAGUUACUUUCUGGUCUCCAGAUAAUGUUCCCCAUUUAUUGCUGUGUGAUCCUGGCUGAAAACAGAGUCAGUUGUGAAACCAUUGCUGUUUGCUUGUCAGGCCAUUACUUGUCAUGGAGCUUUGGGGUGUGCAAAGCACUCAGUAUUAGCAGGCUGAGGAUGGGAUGAGCAUUUGUGAUGAAAUUCAAGGUACAGAUUCCAUUCAGCUGUGAAUUAUCUCCCAUCAAAAAGCUGUAGAUCAUAUGACUUAAAUUUAGCUUAUAUGGAAGACACACAGGUUCAGAAAAGAAGUUGUAAUAUAUAAAGCAUCUGUAAGAAAAGCCUCUUGGGCUUUAUCAGUGUAUUUUAGACUAAAGAUUCACUUCUGUUACCUGAAAGUUUUCUUGCAUUUUAUAUAUCUUUAGAAAAGUUAGAUUUUUUUUUUAAUUGUCUGAAGAAUCUUUUUUCCUCUCUGAUGUUGAAAGAUCUUUACACAGAUUUACCUAUCCUGGAUAUUCAGGUGACAUAUUGGAUACCAGACAUCCAAAUUCUUUCAUUCUUACAGGCCUUAAGUAUGCACUGACGGUCUUUGUUCAAGCUAAAAAAUUAUUAAGAAGGUUAUUGAGGAAAAUACCACUUAAGAAUACUUUUAUCCACUAUUAGUAAAGGUACUUUUGGUGAACUGCUCCACUGAACUUUGAAAAGUCCAGUUGUUAAGCAAACUCCUGCUGACCUCACUUCCCCUCAGUUAAGUACAAGUCUUCAGAAAUAUAAUAAAAAUGUGAAUUGCUGUUAUCUUGAAGGCAACAAUUCAGAAGUCAGAAGAUUAUACAUUUGAAAGAAAAAAAUCUCACAUCUGACAGAAAGAUAUUUCCAUGUUAUUGCUUGAGGGAGUAGAGUGAUUUAUUCUUACUUUCUCCACUUGACACAGGUGAGAAUCACCCCAGUGCUGAAGAAGAUGAGGAAGUUUUGACUCUUUUGUAUGAUCCAUUUCUGAACUGUUACUUUGACCUGAAUUGUGGAAAAUACUAUGAAUUGGCACAGUCAGAACAUCAGAGGAUAUUAUUUUGUAUUCAUAAGUAUCUUCUAACUUCUUGCAAAACCUGACUGAGCCAUAUAAUUUAUUAUAUAACUUGAAACUUAAAUUAAACAAUAGUUUUGCAACCAAA